GAAAUGAAGAGUAUAGACUGUUGAAGAAGUGAAGGUAACAGUCUCUACUCUUUGUGAUGUCUGGGUCCUCUAGGAAAGGUUAAAUUUGAGAACAUCUUCACAUGUGCACAUAAGCACGAGGGGGAGAACAGUUCUGUCUUGGGAAGAAAAUUCAGCCACAGUCGUAACUACAGAUCUGUCUUCAUCGGGUUGGCCAGGUGUCUUCUGACAGAGCAAGCAUUUUUGCCAGUUCAAAUGGGGAAGAUGUUCAACUGAUUUUAUGGUGCUCGUGUUCGAGAUUUGAACACCAAGUUUGUAUUGUGGAAAUCAUAUUGUAAAACAGAAGGAGAGGACCAAGAAGAACACUGAUGACUUCCUGGUUAAUAAGUACUGCCAGAGUCUAAAUAGCAGACAAACAGAGCUGAAAGGGAAGUUUGUCUCAAAAAGGAACUACCAAGGAGGAAAGCAGAAUGGGUGGGAAAAAGAUACUAACAGUGAUGGUAUGCCUUACUGUCCUGUCUGGGUCAUUAGUUUCAUCCACUGAUAAGGAUCCAGCAGUUUCUGUUUAUACAGUGUCAGUCCAUAACUCAGACGAGUCUUCAACACCUAUAUUGAUAACUAAGGAAACGACGACUUCAAUAUAUAGGCCAAAAGAUAAUGAAACAGAAGCAGCAAAGGAUAAAAUAGAUCUAGGCAAAACAACAGAUGGGGAUACUUCAAGUGUUACCAGGUCUAAGAUCCAGUCUGGUAAAGUUCUGUCCACAGAGGAGACGUCAAUAACUAACUUGGUCACCUUCACGAUGACAGAAACUACAGAGAGCCAGCAAACUAUUAAGGGUUAUUCAAAUCUGACAACCUUCACAAUUAGUGAUACAACAAAUAACAAAGACCACUCCUCUACUGAGAGCACAAGUGAGGCUAUUUCUGCAGAAUCCUUAACUGCUCAAAAAAUUAACCCUGCGGGGGCAGAUGUUAUGCCUAUCAAUGAAACUUCCUGGACAUUACCUCAUGAUGUCACACUUCAGGAAAAUGUUACAUUUUCCACAAUAAGUUCCACAAAGCAUCUUCAAUCAACAAUCCCAUCAGUUGUGAAAACAGUGGAUUCAACUACAGCUAGUAAAACUACAACUAGUCUGGCUAGCGCUGACAAAGCUAUGACAAUGGUUUCAGAGUUGUCUUCUGUUGAUGAGGCUAAUUCGUACUCAGACAUUACUACUUCAAUGAAAAUCAUAUCAAAGGAAACUGCAGAACCAGCUUCAACAAGUACUGAUGUAGUUACAAGCUCUACAAUGAUUUCCUCUGCUUUUGAUAAUAGAACAUCCAUAGGCAACAAUUACAUCAUGUGGGUCUGCAUUAUUGUUGCUAUUCUUAUAUUUCUCUGUAUUAUUAUUAUUAUUAUUAUUUGUAUCUGGAGAAAGAAAAAACAAAGUGGCUUUCAGAGUUUUACUUCAAGUCAGAAGAAGAAGAAGAAACGGCCCUGUGAAGAUGCUUGGGCUGGUCCUGUCCCAAUGCCUGAUGACACCUUUGUACCCAAUGAGGCUGUCACAGGAAAGGGGACAGAUGUCCCUACAAAGCACCUCUCCUUGACAACUUUCUUUGCCAAGAGGAAAUCAAGAUCCUGCUCUGUUGUUCUAGAAGAAGUAAACACUCAAAAUGUCUCUGAUGAGAAAGAAAAAUCAGGAAAUGCCACCAGUCAACCUCUGCUUCCCCAAAAUGCAACUGAUAAUGUUCAGGGCAAUUCUGCAUCUAUACAAAGCAAUGGCCAAGUCAACAAGGAGGCUGCAAAUGCUAAUAAAGACAUUGCAGUUCCACUGGACAAUGCCCAAGGAUCUGUAUCGCAAGCAAAUGGGCAGGUACCAUUACCAAUGACAGAAUCAGCAAAUGUUAGUGGAGAAAACCUGGAGGAACUUCCACCACCACCAGCCCCAACACCCGCAUCAGAAACAGACUCACUUCUCCCUCCACCCCCAGUAGAGGACAACAUCAAUCAAAAUGCAUCUUCCUCCUUCUGCCUCACAGCUUCAUUGUGAGUAAAGCCAGAGUUAACAAUGGACAAUCUAGUUGUACUGAAACUGUGCAGACAAAUAUCCUGUACUCAGACUCAUAAAGAAUGCUGCAUGAGAAUAUACCACAGGUGUUUUAAUUUUGAUUCUGAUUUCAUUUUUUUCAUGAAGGCCCUGAAAGAAGACUUAAAGUAGGGAACCCAUUUUAAAAUAUGAAUGGGGCCAUCCCUGUGGAAUUCCACUGCUAGAGCUUGUAUGGUGGAAACCAUAGUGUAAACAUAGAAAAGACAGGGGCAACAUAUCCAUGGUUGUCAUUUUGCAAAACAGAAAGUAAAGGUCAGGAAGAUCUGUUGUCAUUUCAUUACAGUAAAGAAGACACAGAAGCAAACCAAACAGUAAUAUUCUAGAAGAUAAACAGGGUACAGUGUCUGCAAGCGGAACUUCUUAUUACCUCUCAUUGCUGUUAAAGUUGCAAUCCCACUUUUGUUAUUAAUUAUUUACUCAUCUCUACCCAAGUGUAAGCAUAAACAAAAUGAAUGUAUCACAUCUAAGCUGUUGUUCAUUUACUUACAGCUCUUAAUACUAGAAGAUACGGACUAUUAAACUACUGCUGGAAACAAUGCUGUUUACCAGAUAACCUUUGUAAGGAGAAAACUGAAUAACUGUGAAACCAGAGGUAGAAUAUGACUCUUCUCUAUUUGUCUACAGAAAUGCAUUUCUUGGCCUCCUGUUUUCAAAGGUGUCAGAACUGGAACCAUAGUAUGAUGCUCUCCAAUUGUGCAAAACUUUCAGAAAACACAGUUGAUAAAGAAAUUUAAUGACUGCUUCAGUGUUUGAGCUGUACUGAUUUUGUGAUAAAAAAAUAGCAAUAAAGUGAUAAAUAGAAUCUGAAUGACUGCCUAAUAAAUAUUUUGCUGUGUGCUUCCAGAAUAACAAGGGCAUUGCCGACAAUACUUUUCAACCAUAGAUAAGCGAACUACACAUUGUACAUUUUAAAUAAAUUACAGAUAUGUUUGUUUGUGGCUUGUACAUUAUAAAAGGAUAUACCAUUUGUUUACUAUUCAUGAUGUAACUGCCUUGAGCGAACACUGACAUCAGCAGAAAAAUCUCACCUGCCUUAUUCUAUUUAUACACCACCGUCUUUUAUAACAUAGCACUAAAUUCUAAAAAGCCACAUUUUGCUGUCAUUUUUUUAUAAAUUCCAGUUCAAACUUGUCUUUUGCUGCUUUCUCAGUAUUAGUAAUAAUGACCAGUUUACUCAUUUUGUUUGCUUGCUCUUUCAUUCCCAGCAACAGUAUAUAACAUUCUUGAUAACUGACUUCACACCACUCUGCAGAAGUGCAAACGCCUUUUUAUGCCAUUCCGUUGCAUUUAAAAAUGAUGUAUAUCCAAGACUUGAGCUUGUUUUCUGUUCUAAGUAUUUACUAGUCUCUUUUAAUGCAUUAUUUUAUUUAUGUUUGUUAUCCCACUCCUCUGUAGUACACAGAUGCACACCUUGCAGCAUUAUAUGUUUGUUGAGCAAAAGAGAGAGGCUAUUAUUAACGCUGUCCCAUGUACAUUCAUUUUUCAGAUCCUAAAAACUGCUAAAAUAAAAUUAAAUGUGUAAUGUGAGAUAGCUUUGCUGUACCAAUACAUAAAGAUUAUGACACCCACAAGAAAGCACCUAGGUUCAUUUAACUCUUGCAGUCUUCUUGCUGACUCAGGAAUUUGCUGGCAAUAUUAGUGAUAAAUGUUCCACAAAAACACAAGGAUUUGUCAUCAAGACUCAUCAUUAACAAUAGCAUUUUUUUUUUUAUUUUUAUUACAGAUAUCAUAACCUUUUUUGCAACUGCCUGUUGGUUUUCUACUGUUCUAAAGAUUACAGGAAAGCAAACAAAAACAAAACUUAGUUGGCAGUCUUCCAUUUUUUUAAUAUUCUUGAUUUAUGUUUAAAUAAAGGUAAUCAAAAGUG